UCGAUUUAUCAUAACUUCAUUUUAACCACCUUUUUUAUCUUUUACCGACGAGUUGAUAAUUGAAGUGGUUUUGGAAAAUUGAACCAACUCCAGAUCGCAUGCGCUUUUUGAUCGAAGCCGCAGAGAUCUCUCUGUAAUCCUCUCCAUCGGCUUGCGCAAUUAUCUUCGACCACAUAACCAAAUUCGCAUGUAUUGUUGCUUGUUGAAGAAAAGAGAAUAAAGAAAAAAAAGCAGACCUUGCAGUUACUCGCCCGCCAAAAACCGUUUUUUUUUUCCAUUUCAUAUUUUUGCCCCCUUUUCCAAUCCACCUACAGCGAUGAAAACCCUAAUUCUGUUAUCGAUUGCCUUAUUCUCUCUCUCCGGAGACAUCCUCGCCUUGCAAAUCCUCUCCAAAUCAAAACUCGAAAAAUGCCAAAAGGUCUCCGACUCAGACGAUCCCCUCAACUGCACUUCCAAAAUCAUCCUCGACCUGGCCGUUCCCAGCGAAUCCAGUGGGAAGGAGGCGUCGAUGGUGGCGGAGAUAGUGGAGGCGGAGGACAAUUCCACAAAUUACAUGCGUACUCUUCGGGUGCCGCCGGUCAUAACCAUUCAAAAAUCCGCUGCUUAUGUGCUCUACGAGUUGACAUAUAUUAGAGAUGUCGCGUAUAAGCCCCAAGAAUUUUAUGUUAAAACACGAAAAUGUGAGAGAGAUGCCGGAGCAAAUGUAGUUCAAAUGUGUGAGAGGUUGCGAGAUGGGGAUGGUCAUAUUAUUGAGUAUACUCAGCCAACUUGCUGUCCUUGUGGAGACCAGCGCAGGGUCCCAUCAUCUUGUGGAAAUUUUUUUGACAAAUUGGUAAAAGGCAAGGCAAACACAGCACACUGUCUUCGGUUUACAGAUGAUUGGUUCCAUGUGUAUGGUAUUGCACAACACUCUGUUGGAUUUAGUAUUCGGAUUGAGGUUAAGACAGAUUCCAAGAUAUCGGAAGUUAUUGUGGGUCCUAAAAACAGGACUGCAAUAUCUGAUGACAAAUUUUUGAGGGUGAAUCUGGUUGGGGAUUUUGUUGGAUACACUGAUAUUCCGUCAUUUGAAGACUUCUUCCUGGUUAUUCCUAGAGAGGGUGUUCCAGGUCAUCCUCUAAAUCUUGGAAGCAAUUUUACAAUGUGGAUGCUUCUUGAACGAGUCCGUUUUACAUUAGAUGGUUUUGAAUGCAACAAAAUUGGUGUCAGUUACGAGGCUUUCAACAUGCAGCCAGACUUUUGUGCUGCACCGUAUUGGAGUUGUUUGCAUAAUCAACUAUGGAAUUUUUGGGAAGCAGACCAGAACCGAAUUAACCGCAAUCAGGUUCCUCUUUAUUGUGUGCAAGGAAGGUUUGAAAGGAUAAAUCAGCAUCCAGGUGGCGGAAGUCAUGCAUUUUCAAUAGGGAUAACGGAAGUUCUUAACUCAAACCUUUUGAUCGAACUGAGAGCUGAUGACAUAGAAUAUGUCUAUCAAAGGAGCCCUGGAAAAAUAUUAGACAUAACUGUACCAACUUUUGAAGCCCUGACACAAUUUGGUACUGCAAGAAUCAAAACAAAAAAUAUUGGUGAAGUUGAAGCAUCCUAUAGCCUUACUUUUGAUUGCUCAUCUGGGGUGAGCCAAAUGGAGGAACAAUUCUACAUAAUGAAGCCGAAAGAAGUAGUAACCAGAUCAUUUAAAUUGUACCCAACUACUGAUCAAGCUGCUAGAUAUGCAUGCUCAGCCAUCCUGAAGGACUCCGAUUUUAGUGAAGUUGAUAGAGCAGAGUGUCAAUUCACUACUACAGCUACUAUUCUUGAUAAUGGAUCACAGACUCCAUUUAAACCUCCAACGACCGGUGUAAAUGGGUUCUUUGAAUCCAUUGAGGAGCUGUGGAAUAAGUUUUGGAUCUUCUUGGCAGAUUUCAUUACUGGAAAAAAUUGCAGGAAGAAGUGCUCCGGUUUUUUCGACUUCAGCUGCCACAUUCAGUAUAUCUGCAUUAGUUGGAUGUUGUUGUUCGGUCUGUUUCUAGCGAUCUUCCCUACAGCGAUUGUGCUUGUUUGGCUUUUACAUGAGAAAGGGCUGUUUGAUCCUAUAUAUGACUGGUGGGAGGAUCAUUUCUGGAAUAGCGAGGAAAGAGAUCAACAUCCGCGGAAGCACUAUAGAGAUGAUCUCAUUCACCGGCACGAUAGGAAGCAUCAACAUCACAAGCGGGAUGCUCAAAGGAAGCGAAACAGUCGUGUUGAUCAUAGGCAUAGAAGCAGAACCGAGGAAAGUUAUUAUCCGCAGCAUGUUCAUAAGGACAAACACAGGCAUACGAGACUCAAGGGUUUGAGCAUAUUGGAGGAAGAGGAUAGAGUUAGGCAUCAUCAUCGCAGAAAAGGCAAAAUUCCUCCUGGGUAUGACUCGAGAUAACUAUUUAAACAAACGAACACCAUUCUACUUCUAAUGACUGGACUUGAUCGCAGUGAUAGUAAUACUUCAAGCUUGCAUAUGCAUGUAUGUUUUUCACUUAAUGUAUCUCUCUACACUUGCUACUGUAUGUUACAGUUGCAUUGGUAUGAAAUUGCUAUGUCUUUUAAUUUCAA